AGUACUAAUUUAUACUACACAAGGUUUAGAUCUGUGCCUACAUAACCCAGCAUAUACAAACAUGGAAAUAUUGUUAGUUAUUUCGUUUAUAAUACUCAUAUCUUUCGGUAUAGAGUGGCUACUUCGAAAACUAAGAGUAAGUAAGUUUGAGCAGCGAUAUGUGUUGGUGACCGGGUGUGAUACCGGGUUCGGGAAUAUGCUGGCUAAGAGAUUAGAUGUGAUGCGGUUUCGUGUAUUCGCUGGAUGCUAUACGAAUAGUGCUGUUACUCAGCUGACGGAAGAAUGUUCCGAAAACCUGACAGCGAUACAAGUUGAUGUCUCAAGUGCGACAAGUAUUGACAAAAUGGUUGAAACGAUCAAAAACAAAUUACCUACAGAUAAAGGUCUUUGGGCCGUUGUGAACAAUGCCGGGGUUACUGGGACUGCGGGACAAUGCACUUGGCAGACUAAAGAAGAUUUUGAAAAUGUUUUGUCUGUCAAUUUCUAUGGCGUUGCUUUGGUAACGAACGCUUUAACACCGCUUAUAAUUAAAGAAAAAGGACGGAUUAUAAAUACCUCCAGUAUGAUGGGGCGUAUUGCAUUUGGUCAAGUAACUUAUGUUGUGUCGAAAUAUUGUGUUGAAGCAUAUUCGGACGUCCUCAGAAGGGAAUUAUAUAGAACUGGAGUGAAAGUAUGUAUAGUUGAACCCGGCGCCUUCAAAACAGGAAUAAUCGACCCAAAGGGUCAGCAAAAAAGACUUGAAGACAAAGUGAAAAACUUGCCUGAAGAAAUCAAAAAGACACUCCGGGAUGAUUACAUUAACCAAUGUAUGACCAAUUUCAUCAAAGCUACAUCCAAAGCCUCGGUUAAUGUGAAUGAGGUGGUGGAAGCCUAUGAGCACGCACUUACUGCCAAGUAUCCUAAGAAAAGAUACUUGGUUGGCAACGAUGCAAAGUACAUGAUGAGGUUGCUAUGGACGCUACCUGAAUGCAUAAGUGACUACCUUAUUGACAAAAUGAUUGGACGAAAAAUGAAUAAGAAAUAAGCAUUUUUAGUCUGAAUUUCGAUUUUGUCAGCACCGUUCAAAGAUUUUAUAUGUACGAACGUAUGACAUAAAUAUACCGGAAACAUCUAAUAACAAAGGGACAUGCGCAGUAGAAACGUUGCUGGGAUGUCUAAGUAGGACUUAAAUAUAUUUAUGGCAUGUAAUUGCUACAGUUUGAAUACAAGAGAACAUAAAUCUUUAGUUUUAAAUGGAAAUGUCGCUGGUGAUAUCUUGUACUAGAAUUUGUGGAAUUUCAGAUGCAAAAUGAAAAGACGAGCUGUUGAAUCUAUUAAAUAAAAACUUAUUUUUGUUAGCCAUUGCACCAAAAUUCAAUAAUGAAAUUUCCUGUAUCAUCAUGAAGUGAUAUAAAUUUUACAUUAUUUGAGGUGGAAACGUAAACGUUUUAGCCUAAUGUGACUUCACAUUGUGUUAUUUCGAUCUAUCAUCAUGGUCAAUAUUUUUUUGCAAUAUAAUUACUGUAUAAAUUUUACUCACCAGGGGCGUGUAAUCUUCAUAGACUUAAAAAACGUACUGUUCUAGUUCUCUCCCCUGGCCGAUCUGCUCUCGCAUAUUAAAAAUGUUUAAUUCAAUUAAAAUAUUGGUUCGAUAGUUAAAAAAACCACAUGUCUCUCAGGGUCAUAGCGCAUAUUUGCAACCCGAGAACUGAAAUAACACCCGAGGCUUUUUUUAUUAUUUUUUAAUGAAUGUGGCAUUGCGAUUAUAUUAAAUAGAAAUUAAGUGAUAGGAAGUUUUAUACGGGCUGUAUAUAUUUUUGUAUUACUAACUUAAUUUUAUAUUUACUACUUUACAUACUGUAAAGUUACAAGAACAGAACAAAAUCAAUUAGAUUACCAAUAUUUAUUACUAUAUACAUGCAAAUGUACACUCAAAAUAAAACGUUAAAACAAAAUUAAUGCAAAUGGGUUGGCCAACAGAAAAAAUCGCAUUGGAUGGAGUUUUAUAUUGUUCAUAACAAUAUAACUUUAGCAAUAUAUACAUGUACGGUCAAAAUCUUUAUUUAAAUGGAAACAUGUAGAUUACUAGUUUGUACAUUUAUACGGUAAAUAUCAUAUGAAUAUAAAUAUGUAAAUUUUA